UCUCCAGAUAAGGUAACAUCCUUUAUUGACUGCACCCUAAUUACACCACAUACAAAUGUUUGCAUUAGUUUUAAUCUCAUUGUCCUUUGGAUACAUGCUAUCCGUGUCCUAGAAGACAUCUCUCCCUCGCUCUCUUUCUCUCUUUCCAAUGGAUUUUGGGAGCUUCAAAGUCAACAUGAGCAACGGACUCUUGCCAGAAGCUUGUGCUGAUCCAUUUGACAAAGUAGCUAAUGGCUUCCCCUAUGGUUUUGAUGGCUACUUCCCUGACAAGUUGUCUCCACCAUUUGACAGCAUAGAGUCCAGGGUCCCAACUGAAGACAUCCAGGAUGUGGUGUUGCCAUUCUAUGUCACACAGCCUAAUCUUAGCAUAGCUUCGAUGGCUCACACCUUUGAGCCUCCCAUUGCUUGCAGAUGCCCCAGCAAGCUCAGUGUCAUCAACCAUCAUCCUCAGAUGGAAGUCGAGAUGAAUAGGAAGUCUAUGUCCGCAAGAAGAAAUGGUGGUAAAGCACAGAAGAAAACCAACGUGGUUAAAGGCCAAUGGACCCUCGAAGAAGACAGGUUGUUGAUAAGACUAGUGGAACAGUAUGGACUGAAAAAGUGGUCUCACAUUGCUCAGAUGUUACAUGGAAGAAUAGGAAAGCAGUGCAGAGAGAGAUGGCACAACCAUCUGAGGCCUAACAUCAAGAAGGAUACAUGGUGCGAGGAGGAGGACAAGAUACUGAUCCAAGCUCACUCCGAAAUCGGCAACAAGUGGGCUGAGAUCGCCAAGAGGCUGCCGGGCAGGACUGAGAACUCCAUCAAGAACCACUGGAAUGCAACCAAGCGAAGGCAGUUCGCCAGACGGCGGUGCCGCAACACCAGGAACCCCAAGUCCGGCAUGCUCCUGCAGAACUACAUCAAAAGCCUGGCACUCAGCCCCGCACCCUCGACAAGAAAGCGCAAGCCCGGCAACAGCUCCAAAUCCACCGUGAGCGCCAUGCCCGCCGAGGAGCCCAGCACGGCCGCAGAUGCCUAUCGAGACGGCGACGACCACUUAGUCCCUGCCUGCGACUUCAGCGACGUCAUGGUCAGCCUGCUGUUUGAGGACGAGGAGAAGGUCCCGGCUGAGGGGUACGAUGUCGGCCACCUGUUCGACCAGCUCGGCUGUGGUCUAGGCGUUGACAAGAGCUUGGAGAUGGAGAUGGAGUACUGGGAUGACAUCGUCGCCACACCGCAGUCGUACGAGGACGUGAAGCCGGAGAUGGACUUGGUGGAGAUGAUGUCUCAGAACAGCAGUACUAGCAAUAACAUGUCAUGAGAUGAUCUGCUUACGUCAAACCUAUAACAACACCUAUGUGAUAGAAAAUAUAUAUAGAGGGAUAUCGGUAAUUAUUGGAACUUAAAAAUAAUAAUAAGCCUA